AUGUUCGGAAUCUUUGCAGACCUCCUGUCCUCCGUGAUCACCAUCUUCUUCCCCGUCUUCGCAUCCUACAAAGCCCUUCGCUCCUCCGACCCCUCACAGCUAGCGCCAUGGCUCAUGUACUGGGUGGUUUUAUCCUUGAUCCUACUGGCAGAGUCUUGGACAGUUUUCAUCAUUGGAUGGUUCCCGUUCUAUAGCUGGAUCCGGCUAUUCUUCAUGGCCUACCUGGUUCUCCCUCAAACCCAGGGUGCUCGACUACUCUACCAAGACUACGUAGCUCCGUUCCUGGAGCACCACGAGCGUGAGAUCGAAGAGCUGAUCGGGCGCUCUCACGAGCGGGCCCGUGCUUUGGGGUUGCAGGUUUUCUACCAGGCCAUCGAUUUAAUCCGUCAAAAGGUUCUUGGGCUUCCUCCUCAACAGGAAGCGCCCCCUUCCCCCAGCGGCCCAGCGGCGUAUGCGCAGUCGCUCCUUUCACGUUUCAAUCUUCCCAGUGCAGGUGCUGCACCCGCGAAGGCAGGCGACUGGUACUCGUCACUCAGCAGCGUCUUGAGCUCCGUCGCCUCUGCAGGCACGUCGCGCGAGGCUCGAGAGGCCGAGCUGUCGCAGAGUGGUGUUCUCCUCCAGCAGCAACUGCAGUCGAUGACGGCCGCCGACAAGACAAACUUUAUCAAAAAUCAGCGGGAAGCGCUCGAUUUUCUGCGACAGAAACUCGCUGAAGAAGAGCACGGAGCCAGCCGGGAGGAAGCCGACGCAGACGGCCUUGCUAUAUGGAUCAUCGCUGCGCAAGAAUACCAGCGACAACUCAUUUGA